AUGCGCCACAGCCUAGGACGCGAGCGAAAAUCUCGGGCCAAACGGCGAGGACCGCGUGCUUCUCAAGCGUGCGAUGCAUGCGCAGCCGCAAAAGCUCGAUGCGAUAACAACGAGACUUGCCAGCGGUGUCAUCGGCGACACAUCCCUUGUACACGACCAUGGUUGGAGGCUGACGAGACUGCCAACACCACGGGUACUUACUGGCAAUCGCACAAGUCCACAAACCAGGAUCGCGCUGAACCCCAGCAACCUCCGUACAGUGCAACUCUAGACUGGUUGGCACUAGACGCUAGUCGUGGUGACCAGGAAGUACGCGACUUCUCGCCGCAGGAUACCGAUUUUUCUCUCGGUAACCUGGAUGGGAUGAACUACCUCGCAGACCUGAUGAUGCAGGGCUCAAGCCAGGGGACGCCGGAUGACUCGCUCGAGACAAAUGAUAUAAUUCCCUUGUUUCCCACCGCAGACGCAGAUUUGUCUGCAUGUUUCUUUGAUCCCUUGCCCACUACCCAGCCGGCUCCGAGCACCGGCCACUCCCCGCCUGCACAGAGCCAAUCCCCGGAAGUUCUCCAAGCCUUUGAAAAUACCGUUGGUCGGUGGGACCCGGAUCUGGAGGACCACCGCGCAGCCGAAGAGAAGAACCUAUCCCUCUCCCAUGGCUUGAGUUGGAAUCAAGACCAUCUGGCCUAUCCGCCCCUGCGAAUCCUGGAUGACCAAACCGCGUCCCAAGCUCGCGACAGCCUGCUUACCAUGAUCCUCAGCACCUGCGAGCCCGCAAAUAUCGCCCGCAUUGUAUCAGCCUUUCCCCCUGCCAGUAUUCUCGACGGGCUCUUGAAUCGAUUUUAUACGACCCAUGCGCUUGACGAGGACACAUGGAUCCAUAUACCGACCCUGGUAUCCACCACAAUGCCCCCGGAGCUUCUGGCUGCCUGUAUAUCAUCAGCUGCAAUGAGGUCUUCGAGUAGCGCAAUUCGCGUAUUUGGGAGUGCUCUACACGCAGUGCUUCAUCCGUAUUUGUUCCACGUCUUUGAGAAGAGGAUUGCGCGAACGCGUCAAAUACAGCAGAUCCAGGCACUCGCCUUAUUCAUUCAUACAGGGUUCUGGAGCGGGAGUAAAAGGAGAAUGGAAAUCGCGGCAGCCAUUGUGGGAUCAGCUUUGACCAUGCUACGUAGUGGCUGUCAUUAUCGUGCUUCGACGAAUACCAAUGUUAGUCCGAAUGCUGAAGACAUUGGCGAUAGACUCGAUAAAAAGUGGCGGCACUGGGUAGAGGAGGAAUCGUGGAAGCGAAUGGUCUUCCACAUGCAUAUUCACUGCUCGCAAGAAUCCCUGGCAACGGGCACUCGUACCCCCCUUUCAUAUGGGGAGCUCUCGGCGUCCUUUCCCUAUAAUCGAGCACUCUGGAUGGCACAAACUGCAGAUCAGUGGAAGGAAACAUACUUCCGCCUCGAAGCAGACCGGGAGCGACCCUCACAACCUUGUCUGCGAGACUAUCUGGCCAAUCCACGCCGACUGGCUGCGAUCCCGCGGCUCUACGAUGCCCAUUUAGCGCGCCUGAUUGUGCUCCAUGCUAUAACAGCCAUGAUAAAAGACCACUGGCAGUCUCACAGCACCAUCAUCUCAAACGAGCUGGAUACGCUGCGCUUGUCCCUCGCCUCCGCCGAAACCUCGCAUAAUCGCCUCGUCCACAUCCUAGAAACUAUUCACCACGGGUACAAUGACACCACCACCCGCUUGUCGCCAUCUCCACCGGAAAGCAGCAUGCUGACGGCCGAGUUACUUCUCAUGCACCUCUUUACUCCCUUUGAGCAGGUCGAAGUCGUCGCCGGCCGCGAGGGCCCCGAUGAAGCCAAAGCCACCUACCCACUCCUCCAGGAACGGUGCCACAGCACUCAGGCGCGCAGGGCAGUCUGGCACGCGGGCCAAGUCGUCCGCCAUCUGCGCGAGCUCGGCGGGGAAUCCUUCACGGAAUUCCUCGCUGUUGCCGCGUACCAGGCAAGCCUAUGCCUCUAUCUGUACGGAAUCAUGGCUCCCAAAAGCGAGGACAUAUCAGUAGCGACUCCUGCGAGUGAGGUUGUCCUCGACGCAGCUGAUUCCCUCGCUGCGCAGAAAUGGAUUCGCUCCGGCUGUGGGGUCCCGGUUUUGCAGGGGGUCCAGGUCUUAUCCUCAUCCUCAUUAUCCCCUUCUUACAGGGGGAAUUGUCCCCUGCACGCCGGUGGCGCCGUCUUACUGCGCAUUCGCGAGGUCUUGCUCGCGAAAGCCUCGCAGAAGAAGAAUAUUUUACCGCUCGUUUCUGGGAUUUGUGAUUUGAUCCUGGCGUUGAGUAAUUCGAAAAUUGACCAGCGAUAA